AUGCUGUCACUACGCAGCAUCCCCGGAAACGUGUUCCGAGUUAGACCCUCAAUACAUCAUCCAUACCGCCAAUCUCGUCUCUUCUCCGCUCUCGCCGCCUCGCCAAAUUCAAAGACUCAAGUCUACACCUCAAACUCCCGCGACCCCUACGUGAACCUCUCGAUCGAGCACCAUCUCCUCCAAACGACCCCGUCCGACUCGACCGUUCUCUUUCUGUACACAAACCGCCCCAGCAUCGUCAUCGGCCGCAACCAGAACCCGUGGCUCGAGGUCAACCUCCCGCUCCUGCGGUCUCUAAGCAGCCAGGGUGCCGUCGAUCUCGUCCGCCGCCGCAGCGGAGGCGGAACAGUAUUCCACGACGAGGGCAACGUGAAUUACUCCGUCAUAUGCCCGCCCGCAAACUUUGACCGCGACACCCACGCGGAGAUGGUCGUCCGCGCCCUGCGCUCCCUCGGCGUCGAGGGCGCCGCCGUCAACUGCCGCCAUGACAUUGUCAUGACUCUGCCCCCUCCCCCUUCCUCUUCAGGAACCUCUGCCAAUGCAUCGGCGGCUGCAGGUGGUAACGCUGCCGCCUCCUCCUCCUCCCCCACGACAGCAUCGUGCGCCAAGCCAAAAGUAAACGCGGAAAACACAUUCAAGAUCUCCGGCUCGGCGUACAAGCUCACACGCCUCCGCUCCCUGCACCACGGAACAUGCCUUCUCUCGUCCCCGAACCUCCCGCGCAUCGGCAACUUCCUGCGGUCUCCCGCCGAACCCUUCAUCAAGGCCCGCGGCGUCGAGAGCGUCCGCUCACGCAUCCGCAACGUCGGCAUCACCGACACGUCAAAGUUUGAAGACGCGGUGGUUAGCGAGUUUGGAAAGAUGUACGGCGAUUUCGACGUUCGCGAAGAAUUAGGUGAUCGGGAUGCUCUCGGAGAGGAAAAGGUUACGAAGGGAAUCAAGGAGCUAAAGUCGCGGGAAUGGACAUACGGCCAAACCCCUCUGUUCACCUUUUCCACACACCCCUCAGCAGACGACACGCGGGAACGUCCUCGGCUCCCAGGGAACUUUACCCUCACAUUCGAAGCCCGCCACGGCCUCAUCCAAACUUUCUCUCUAUCCGGGUUGGCCUCCAGUCAAGACUCGAGCAAGCUCUCAGAGUCCAUGAUCAGCACCCAAAUCUGGGAGGUCAUGGACUGGGCACAGCGUCUGCAAGCAGAUGGUUUAGACCAAGGCGACGCCUCGACCGUGGGAGAGUGGAUGAACGCUGUGCUGGGAAGUGGAAAGGAAAGUAACCUCAGGCCUUAG